ACCGUCUUCCGCAAGAACUGGACCAUGCUUGCGGCCGUCUUUGGUGCGGGCUUUGCCUGGGAGAUCGGUUUCAACUCCACCAUGAACAAGAUCUGGGACAGCAACAACCGAGGCCGCCAAUGGAAGGACAUCCGACACAAGUACAUUGAGGGCGGCGAGGACGAGGAGUAA